UAAAUUAUCGGACAAAAAAUAUUCACUAAUUCUACAAUCGAUUUCUAAUGUUAUUUCAUAUUUUUCUGCAAAAAAAAGACUCAUGUCGUGCCAAAUAUCAGGUCAGUGUUGGCCAUCACCUCCUGUGCCGUCAAACAAAAUGAUACCUCAAAUAUCGCAAUCAAGUGGUCCACCGAUCAGUGCGAUUCCAGCCAAAGGUAUCCGACCUCCCCGUCCAUCGUUCGCAUCAUCUAUACCUCAGAAAUCAGUGCCAAAUGUUAGCGCAAAGACAAGUGUUGUAUUGAGAAACAAGACAUCAGCAGCUAAUCAGUCACAGCAGACAAUUGUCGAUAAGAUUAAACAAUACAGAAGUAAAGUUAAUCAACAAAUAGUAACAAAUGUCAGCCAACCAGACAAUGGAUCGUCAAGUGUUGUCACCAUCAAUAGGUCCGAUACAACUGUCUCGAAGAGAACAAGCAGUUCUUCGGGCUGUAGUUCAGCCAAAAGUGACUCGAGUGCCAGUCUUUGUGGUUUAGAGGGCACUACUGGUGUCACCAUUGGUACCAACAGUUGUAGGGCUAAGACAUCUGUGACACAGAGUUUGUGCAAAACUAAAGUCAAUACUCUGUCUCUCAUAGACUCCAUAAACAAUGGAUUGAAUGCAAACCAAUUCAGUUAUAAUAAUAAUAAUAAUAAUAAUAUUAAUAGUAAUAAUGUAUUGAAGAAAAGCAACGAAACGUUAACCAUUUGUGAUAAUAUCGGCAAAACUGGUCGAUCAUCGGCACCGACGGCUUCCAUACCAGUAAUGCAGAGACGCAUUCAGAGGCCAUCGAGUAGACCGACGUCCAGUAUAUUAGACACAUCAUCAUCACUGGCAAAGACUAUGACAUCCAGCUAUCAGUCGACAUCCAAUACAUCACUGCCUUGUUUGGCCAAACCUACUCCUCAAGUGAAAGCAGUGUCUAAAAUGUCUGUUUGUGAGGAAACAGUCGGCACUAAUCGUAAAUUUGAUGGCCAGUGCUCGGGUCACGAGCCGAGCCACUCAAUGAACAAUAAUCAAAGCACUUCUAGUCAUAACAACAAAUUGAAGACCACUUUUAAUAAGGUCUCACAACAACAAUCAUACCAUUCAAAGCCCGAACCAACCAUUGCUAUGGUGUCACCCAUUAUGGCCAGAGAACAGAACAGACGCCACUCCAAGAAUGAUAACUUAGAUGACAACCGCACAGCAAAACUGAUAAACAAAUCCAACGAUACCAUUGAUUCAACGGGUAAUCUUAAGAAACAUUAUAUUAAACGAACAGAAGAUAAAAAUAAAGUUAAAGUCAAUAUAAACGAGAAUCAGUUGAAUGGUCAGCAUUUACAACAAGAGUCACCUGAAAAUGCAAUACAAGAUCUCUCUCACGAGGAAGAGUCAGCUGGAAGUAGUGAUAUUGAAGCAGAUCUGGUCAACAUUAAACCAAUGGCACCACUCAUGAGGACUUCCCAAUUAGCAAUACUAAGAACUAAUAGUCCAAAGCCAACCAAUACUAACUCUUACAAUAGAUAUCCCAAUAACUACUCGACCAUUGAAAUCGGUUAUAUGAGUGACUGUACUCAAGUCAAUAAUAAGUCCCGUAUGACUCGUCCUAAUUCAUACCGAACCUGUUAUUCUUCUGUCGGUUCUAAUAACGGAUAUAUUACUGAAACUGAUAGCUAUACUGUACUCAAUAGAAAUAAGUUAUUGUCAACAAAAACCGAUUAUAUGAGUCCAACACAUCGACCCUAUAAUGACACCGAUAGGAGUUUAAUUAAUCAAAUGAAUAACAAGACUACACAAGAAAUGAGACGUUUGAGGCGUGAGUUGGAUCUGUCUCACGACAAGAUCGCUACUUAUACACAACAAUUGGCAACUAAUGCACAUAUGGUGUCGGCAUUUGAGCAAUCAUUGUCGUCUAUGACACAGAGAUUACAGCAGAUGAGUGCAUCUGCAGAACUAAAGGAUAAUGAGUUGAUUCGUUUGAGGGCCACAAUCGAGAAGCUGAGGAAACAUGGAUUUGUGGACAGUUGUGAUGCAAAACAUUUAAGUACUAAAGUUAAAACAACACUUAUAAGACAGCAUACAUUUUCAUAUACUAACGAUAAUAAGGACUCAUAUUCUCAAAUGUCUCGUCAAUUAUCAACUGAGUCGUUGUCAAGUAUGUCUAGUGUUGUCGACGGUUUGCUAUCACCUUUGAAGUCAAAGAAAAAACCCAAAACAGCAAAAACAAUGACAACUCCUACUUCUGGAUGGUUAAGGAGUUCAUUCUCGAAAGCAUUUAAAAAGAAUAAGUCAUUAACCAAAAGGGAUACUCUGUCUGACGCUGACAUUGGCAUUGAAGGCGAUUACAACUCUGUGCCCAAUUCACCACUUAUAUGUUCCCAUCCAUUCCAAUCAGAUGGCAGUUCAAACAGCAAUGAAUUGGAUUCGGAUGACAUACAGGUACUGAAGAGUGCUUUAAGAGAAAAGGAUAUGAUUGUUACAGAUCUGAGACUCGAGUCAUUAUCAUCAGCACAUCAGUUGGAGAGUCUCAAGCAAACCGUUAAACAAAUGAGAGCUGAGAUGUUAGCUCUAAAACAGGACAACGAUAGACUCAACCGAUUAGUUACUUCCAAAUCAUUGGCUUCUUCACUCAGUUCAAUGACAUCUGCUAUUUGUGUCCAAAGCUCGACAAAUGGUAGUUUGCCUUUAAAUCAUCAAAAGAAAUCAUUUGAUGACAAUAUAGCUAAUAGUUUGGAAAGUCUUGAAAUGGAUGUCAAUAAUGGUUCUAAAAUUGUUACUAUAAAUUCUGGUACACACACCAUUUCGUCAAUGAUGGUGACAUUUAAAACAACUUGGGAUCAGCUUGAUUUGAUGAUUAAAAAUGCAUUCAAAGAGCAUAUCACUCGUAUUGAUUCAAAUUGUGGAUUAGGAUUGACAAUUGAUGUAUUGGCCUGUUAUCAAUUGGGAGCAGAAAGAUUACAAAGAAAUAUCGACAAUAAGUUACAAUCACUAAAAAAGUUUAAUCCAGAAAUACUUCCAUUCGAGUAUAUAGUGAAUGAUAAUCGCAUUUAUCUUCAAUUUAAGUCAGCAAACGAUUCACUAGUAUUUGAUACUUUGACUCCAAAAUCAUUUAUCAAUCAAUAUAUAGGACUACUUAAUGAUCACAAAUGCAUUAUAUUGUACGGUACGAAUCGUACGGGAAAAACUCAUUUAGCCUAUAAAUUGGCCGAAUAUCUUGCUAUUAGACGAGCAGCUGAAACGAGAAGUCCGGGAACUACUAUCAAGUGUUGUCCGGAAGGAUCGAUUGCAACCUUUAGUGUUGAUCACAAGUCAGCUAAAAAACUUCGGGCAUAUUUGUCGAGUGUUGCCGAACAGUGCGAAUCGGAUGCACUGUCUAUUCAUUUACCGACUGUUAUUGUUUUAGAUGAUUUGCAUUAUGUAUCCAUUGCUGAAGUAUUUAAUGGUUCACUCAAUAUAACUCACACCAAAUGUCCAUAUAUAAUCGGCACAAUGAAUCAGACAACUUUGUCAUCAAAUGAUCUCCAAAUAAAUAAUAACUUUCAAUGGGUUUUAUACGAUAAUCAUUCGGAACCCGUCAAAGGUUUUCUGGGUCGUCAUCUCAAACGAAAACUCAUUGAAACUGAAGUAAAAUUGACCUCAAAUAACAUGAUUAUAGAUUCGGAUCUCAAUAAUGUUAUUGAAUGGAUAUCCAAAUUAUGGAUUCAUUUAAAUGAAUUUAUUGAAAAACAUGCCUCACCUGAUAACACAAUUGGUCCUCGAAUUUUCUUUUCAUGUCCAAUGGAUAUCAAUGGCUCUCAAAUAUGGUUCACUGAUCUCUGGAACUCAUCAAUUAUUCCAUACUUGAUUGCUGCCAUACGCGACGGUAUUCAAAUGUAUGGCAAACGAAAUGCAUUUGUUGAUCCAACUGAUUGGAUCAUUGAAACAUAUCCGUGGAUUUCGGCCAUUGAUUGGGUUAAACAUUUGCGAAGAUUACGCGCCAUAGAUGUCAACAUUGAAGGAACUCAACUAAACAACUGUAACGAAAAACUCAAUAAUUUAAACACCAAUUCAAAUGAUGCACUCUCAAAUAUGUUGAUGAAACUCCAAGAAGCAGCUAAUUAUUCCAAUUCUAGUCAACAAAAUCAGUCUAUCAAUAAAAACAAUAAUAAUAAUAAUAAUGAUAUAACGUCUCUUAUGGGCACUUAAAUCAAUUAACAAAUAAUAAUUUUAUAUUUACA